AUGAAUACACUAUCUCUAGCUGAAUUGCAUCAUCUUCGGAGGCUUUCUUAUUCAGCAUUGCCAUUUUCUUUUGAAUUAUCAUCAUAUUUUAUGUCAGUCUUUUAUGAAAAUAUUCGACAUCAUGGGAUUUCUUUAUCUGAAAUUCAUGAUAAAACAGCCUGUUUAUCAUGUGGUAUGAUUUGGAUACCAGGAUGGACCUGUACAAUACGUUUACGACGUAGUUCAGCAAAGCGUUAUUGGCAUCAAAAAAGGACGAAAAUGGAGUAUCCAAAGCUUAAUUAUUGGGUAGAAUAUAAAUGUCAAAGAUGUGAUCGAAUUACAAAAUUUCAGCGAGAAAAAUAUGUUAUAAAGAAUAAAAGCACUAAUAUAUUACUUGAGAGACCUUCAGAAACUUCGAAAGAGGCUCAAACACAUUCGAGACGGAAUGUAAAUACUCGAAGAAGAAAAAAAAUACGCCUAGGUGGAUUGGAAGGAAUUAUCGAUAGAAUGGAAAAAGAGGAAAUAAAGAAAAUGGAAAAAGGAUUGUCUUUAGAAGAUUUCAUGCUUUAA